CAAAGGAAUGAAAUGUGUAUUAGUUAUUCCUAAUUCUUAAUUUUUAAUUCAUGAUACAUUAAUAUCCCAUUUUCUUGUUCUGAAAUGAAAUAAUUCCAAUUUUCUAUUCUUAAUAUUUAAUAUUUGUUCCUAUUCCUAAGUGCGCCGCUUUCUUCUACAAGUCGAACGCCGAGCACACAUCAUUCGCUUCGAAUACACACGGACGUGUGACAUAGCGAUUCUCGGUUGGUUGGUAGAAGCCAGAGUAUGCAGUUCUGGUAUCGCUGAUAUGCACGUCUGACGACACUGCUGGCAUGUCUGGCUCAAUGGUCGAAUUGUAUACAUAACCCUUUUGCUCCUGUCAAAAUCUGACAUUUAGUGGAAAAUAAUUGUUAAAAUUGUUUGAAAGAGAAAAUGGGCGACUUUUUGGCAACUAAUAAUGUUUGCGGACAAAAUGUAUUACGACUGGUAUCUCGUGGAAAUGCUAUUAUAGCUGAAUUAAUGCGAUUGAAAGAUUAUGUACCACCGGUCUUUAGCUUGGAUACAAAACAAUUAAUACAGAAAUAUGGGUCCAUUAUAAUCGACUUUGCAUAUUUCAAAGCAGCGAGUAUUUAUGAGCAAAAGAUAGAAAAUGAUGAGACGCUUCAAGAAACUGAUGAGGAGCUUCGAAAUAAUUUCUCAGAUAUACUUACAAGGUUUUAUUUAGCUUUUGAGAGUAUACACAAGUAUGUUACAGAUCUGAAUUUUUACAUCGAUGAAUUGGGAGAUGGAGUUUAUAUACAUCAAUCAGUCGAUUCUAUUAUGUUUAAUGAAGAAGGAAAACAAUUAAUGUGUGAAGCUGUAUACUUAUAUGGUGUAAUGUUAUUGCUGGUUGAUUAUCAUUUUGAAGGGCGAAUACGUGAAAGAUUACUCGUGUCUUAUUAUCGGUACAAUGCGCAGCGAUCUUCCUCGACCAGAGUAGAUGAUGUUUGUAUGCUGCUUCGUUCAACAGGAUAUAUGAGGACAUUGUCUAAAAGACCGGCUAAUUAUCCUGAAGAAUAUUUCAAGAGAGUACCUUUGCGAGAUUUUUUAAUAGAUCUUGUUAUUGGUCGAUUGCGUUCUGAUGAAAUUUAUAAUCAGACUCUUGCUUUUCCACAUCCGGAACACCGUAGUACUGCUGUAGCCACACAAGCAUCAAUGUUGGUCAUAAUUUUAUCGUUUAAACCAACUAUACUGCAUACACAAACUGCUAUUAUGAGAGAAAUAGUGGAUAGAUUCUUUCCUGACAACUGGGUAAUUAGUAUUUAUAUGGGAACAGUGAUCAAUCUAUGUGAUUGGUGGUCUCCAUAUAAAGCUGCACGAACUGCAUUAAAUAAUACUCUUGAAAAUUCAAAUAUUAAAGGAAUUGCACAAAAGUAUGGAGUAAAAAUGGAUAAAUUAAUACAAGAGACUGAGGAAGUACAAUUGGCAGGCCAACUAGAUGAAAAUGCCACAGGUUCCUUGGUUAAAUUAGUGAAGGAGUGUAAUGUUACGUUGCAUUGGAUUCUGCUGCAUACCGCUACGCCCACUAUUAUAUUAGAGGACUCUAAACGUUCACGUACGCUGCGUCAAUCAGUCGUGACUGAAAGCAAAUAUACUACAGCAAAUUGUCUUCGCUUAUUACUAAGCACUGCUCAAAUUGAACAAGAUGUUAAACAGAUGUAUAAAGAUUUAUUACUCGGAAAAGAGACCAAGUGGCUGAAAGAUAAAGAAAUAUGCGUCGAACGUAUAACUGACCUUGCACAAAUUUUUGGAGGCACCAAAUCUCUAGACGGUAUCGAUAAAAAUCAAAAUCUUUAUACGUGGUUCAUGGAAAUCAGCAAACAUAUUGAUUCAUUAAAACAAGAAGAUGGAAGAAAAAUCGUGCAGUUAUUGCAAGCACUGGAACAAGUUCAGGAAUUUCAUCAAUUAGAAAAUAAUCUACACAUUUCGCAAUAUCUGGCUGACACGCGUGAGACUUUGCACAAUAUGUUGCGUACAGGCAGCAUAACUGAAGAUAUCAUGAUAAGCUUGAAUAUCGUGACAGAUUGUUGCUAUGCAUGGAAUAUUAUGGAAUCCUUUAUUGAUGUGAUGCAAGAGAGUAUAAAGGAAAAUCCACCAACUGUCAUCAAAUUAAAAGCUCUUUUCCUUAAAAUGGCAUCAGCAUUGGAAACUCCGUUGUUGAGGGUAAACCAAGCACGAAGCGCAGAUUUAUCCUCGGUGUCCCAAUAUUAUAGUAGAGAACUGGAAGGAUACGCUAGACGUGUUUUGCAAAUUAUACCUGAAACUGUGUUUGGUUUAUUAGCGCAGAUAGUGUAUCUUGAAACAAACGCAUUUAAAGAAAUUCCGACUAAGUUGCCCAAAGAUAAGCUCAAGGAUUAUGCACAAUUGUCUGAAAGAUUGGAGAUGGCUAAAUUAACAUAUUCCGUGUCAGUUUUUACAAAGGGCGUUUUGUCACUGAGAAGCGUUUCUCUGGGAGUUUUAAGAGUUGAUUCACAUCGACUGUUGGAGGACGGUAUACGGCAGGAACUUGUCAAGAAAGUCACUUCAGCUUUACACAAAGGCCUCAACUUUGAUCAGAAAUCCAAGACGUCUCUUCUACAAAAACUGUACAAUUUAUCUUCGAUUAUGGACGGAUACAGGAAGUCUUUCCAAUAUAUUCAGGAUUACAUUAACAUAAACAGUUUGAAAAUAUGGCACGAAGAAAUUACAUAUAUUAUGAAUAAUGCAGUCGAGGAAGAGCGUAGAGGCUCGUCCUGGGUGCCAGGAAAGUCAUGGAGGCAAUUCCAAGAAGAUAAGCAUACAUUUUCAACAGACAGUAACUCUUUAACUUUCAUGGGCAGACUCGCCAGAGAACUCAUUCGCAUUACUGACCCACGGACUACUGUGUAUAUAGAGCACUCUCUAGCAUGGUACGACAUUAGAACACAAAAUGAAGUUCUAAAUUACAAAGUCUUCUCCGUGAUACUAGAAACGAUAGGCACGCCGGGAUUAUCCGGACUGGAUAAGCUUGUCUCAUUUUUCAUCGUCAUGGAACUGGAAGCUUUCAUCCAUUCUAUAGAAAAAAGUAUACGGAACAAGACAUGGGCGUCGAUGUUGGAUGAUUGUGAAGAUACUUUAAGUUCUCUCGACAGUGCUAAAAGUAACAUUACGAAGCUUCAUAAUUCUAUAACCGGUAGCAGCAGUAAAUUAUGGUCGCCGGUGCUCGAGUGGACGUUGAAAAUAGGUCACUAUCAAUUACUCAGGAAAAAAAUAGCGUACGAGUUGAAUACUGCCUGUAAAUUUGAGGCGAAACAUAUGGAAGCGGCGCUUCGGACGUUAAAUACAGCUAUUUUAUGCGAGAUAGCGAACAAAGAUAACAAUAACGAGACUGAAUCAGAAAAAAGCGAAUUGCUUCACGAACUCAGUGUACGAUUGGACUGGGCUGGCAUCAGCGAUCCGCAUAAUAAAGUUUAUAUCAAGUCGCCGAAGAUAGAUAAUAUAGCUCUCAUUAUUUUCUUAUUCACGGCGUCGCAGUUGAAUAAAUUAUUUUACUGUAAAAAUACAGCAAGUCUUUUAAGCAAGAGACAUCAAGAUCCCGUCGACGCUGUGGUAUUCGCAAUCGGCAUACAAACGAUUCUUCGUCAAUUCCACGUUUCUGUGAUGAAUCGUUACGUAAAAUACCUUUGUAUGUACAUCUUGUCAUUUAUUAUCGUGGAAAGCACAAAAGCAGGGAGCGAUGCAGAAAUCGAAGGUGUCACCAGUCUUCACUUUUUGGAACUUUUUGUGAAAUAUUCUGGCAUUCCACGUUCUCUCAUUCUUAAAGAAAUACCUGUUGUUAUUCUCGAUCAUUUUCUAGUUAAAGUAGCAAAAUAAUGUUACAUCUGAAAAAGAUGAUAUAAUAUAAUAUAUGUAUAUGAUUUUACACUAUUAUAUAUUCCUAUAUUAUAAAGUUUUAUAUAUUA